AUGAAGUUAGCCGCGCUGGUGCUGCUGGUUGCUGUUGGAAUCGCCUUCAAUGAGCUGGGCUCUGAGGCUCUCACACCUCACCAAGUUAUUCAAGCUCUGAUGGGCGGUGCUUCUCCUUACUGGAAUGUGGUGUUUGCUUUGGACAGCAGCGACAGCAUAAGCAGCUCUGAAUGGUCUUGCUCCAAGUCAUCGACCAGGAAUAUCCUUGCAAUUAUCAACAACACCCCUACUCCGAAUAGCAUAGCCCCUGGAAAACAUAGGAUCGCUCUGGUACGUUUCUCUACCAGGGCAAGGCUCAUCUUUCCUCUGGGUUACCAUGAAAACUACCCUGCCAAUGAUGCGGCUAUUGAUGAUGUGCCGAAAGAAGGUGGUCUGACGAAUAUAUACCAUGCCUUGUGGCAUUGUAACAUUCAACUUGGUUACAUCUCUGGCAAUCGCCUAGUCUGGAUAAUGACUGAUGGAUACUAUACUUAUGGGGAUGACCCAAGACCCUUGGCCACGCUUAUGAAGAAGAAAGGAAUUAUCAUAUGUAUCGUUGCUAUUGGUGACAAUGUUGACUGGAGUGUAAUCAACGCCAUGGCCUCGUGGGUGUACAUUCCGAACAUCGGUCGCACUGUGCAAUGCGUUAUGAGGUACCAAACCUGUACGGCCUAUUUACUUGCCUCGUAUCCUUUGCUGAUACGGGUACCAUAGCCGGGACUUCCCACCGCCCAGCCUGUUACCUAAAUCUGUAGACAGGAGUAAAGUUGCAAAUUUGGUAGCUUAUUUCUGAUCACUCUCUAUGGCAACUGACGUAUCGCAUGCUGUGGAUAUAUUUCGACUUACUUCUCCGUUGAACUCUUGAAUUCACAGACAA